AGGCUCCCUAAUCCUUCCCUCAUUUUCAUAAUGCCUCAUCUCUUCAUACAAAUGGGACACCCAUCACAGUCUCUUUAAACCACCACAGAAACGGACGUGUCUCAAUACAGCUGGAAAUUAGCCCAUGAUAAAGUGCACCCAACAGGACUUCUGGUGCUUCUACAGAGUGGUGACUGAAGCCAAGGCAAUUUAGACUCACCAGGAAUGUAAACAGUGGGGGGAAUGAUACCGUCACAACUGAGAACAUGAAUAACCACCAAGAAAAUGAUUUCUAUAGCAAAUUUUGGGACAAGCCCAGGCAUGCUUUGGCUCAAAUUUUCGAGCUAAUUGGAAAGAUAUGGCAUGGUUAUGAAAUUGUUGGCAUGGAACAUCUCCCUAAAGGACCAGCGAUAGUUGUUUUUCAUCACCCAGUUAUUCUUGUAGGCUAUGCCUUAUUUUUUACAAAACUUUUUAAAGAGACAGGGAGACUGUGCCAUUCAGUAAUUGAUCAUGCCCUGUAUGGGAUUCCAGGACUGAAUAUGUUUUGGGAUGUGAUCUUUUUGAGAGAUUUCAAGAAAGCUGAAUGUGUGGAAAUUCUGAAGAAAGGCCAUUUAUUGGGCAUUGCACCUGGUGGAGCUAGAGAAGCAAACUUUAGCAAUGACUGCACCUUAAUGUGGGGUAACCGCACAGGUUUUGCUCGGCUCGCUUUGGAGGCGAAAGUGCCCAUCAUCCCAAUAUUUACACAAAACAGUUGUGAAGCAUACAGGACCUUUGGAAAGACAAGGCUGACAAAAUGGCUGUAUGAGAAAACUCGGCGUGUAAUCCUUCCCAUAUAUGGAGGGUUUCCAGUGAAAUUGAGGACAUUUAUUGGAGAACCCAUCCCAUAUGAUCCAAAUAUAUCUGCCACAGAGCUGGCUGAAAAAACCAAGACUGCCCUUGAAAAUCUUCAGAAUAGACACCAAAAAUGGCCAGGAAAUAUAUUAAGAGCUCUUUCAGAGCGAUUUGAUAAGCAAUACAAAGCUAACUAGUCUAUAUAAAACGUUUGCAAUGUUUCUGAUCAUGAACCCAUAGUAGAAAAUUAAUAAUUAUGCAAUUAAA